AUGUCUACCUACAAAGCUUCAAAGAUUCCAACAACCGCAUUCCAUGACCAGAAACCUGGAACAUCAGGUCUUCGUAAGAAGGUUUCAGUGUUUAAGCAACCAAACUAUACAGAAAACUUCAUCCAAGCAAUCUUGGAGGCAAUUCCUGAAGGUGUUCAAGAUAGUACUUUAGUCAUUGGUGGUGAUGGUCGUUACUAUAAUGAUCAUGUCAUCCAAUUGAUUGCCAAGAUCGGUGCUGCCAAUGGUGUCAAGAAGUUAAUCAUUGGUCAAGAUGGUAUAUUGUCCACUCCGGCAACUUCUCAUGUUAUUAGAACCCACCCUGAAAAGAUCACGGGUGGGAUUAUCUUGACUGCUUCUCAUAAUCCAGGUGGUCCACAAAAUGAUUUGGGUAUCAAGUAUAAUUUGGCUAAUGGUGGUCCGGCUCCUGAAAGUGUUACAAAUAAGAUCUUUGCAAGAUCAUUGGAAUUGGAAAAUUAUUAUAUCGUGGAGGAUUUACCAACAGUGGAUUUAUCAAAAUUGGGUGAAUCUAGCUAUGGUUCACUAGUUGUUGAGAUCAUUGAUAGUACUAAAUCUUAUGUUGAAUUUUUAAAACAAAUUUUUGAUUUUGAAUUGAUUAAAAAAUUUAUUAAAGAUCAACAACCAAAAGGUUUCAAAGUUUUAUUCGAUGCCCUAAAUGGUGUUACUGGUCCUUAUGGUGAAAAAAUCUUUAUUGAAGAAUUGGGAUUACCUUUAGAUUCCAUUCAAAAUUAUCAUCCAAAACCGGAUUUUGGUGGAUUACAUCCAGAUCCUAAUUUAACUUAUGCUAAAACUCUUGUUGAUAGAGUUGACAAAGAACAAAUCGCUUUUGGUGCAGCCUCAGAUGGUGAUGGUGAUAGAAAUAUGAUUUAUGGUGCAGGUCCUGCUUUUGUUUCCCCUGGUGAUUCCGUCGCAAUCAUUGCUGAAUAUGCUGAUUAUAUCCCAUAUUUUAAAAAACAAGGUGUUUAUGGGUUAGCAAGAUCAAUGCCAACUUCUGGUGCUUUGGAUUUAGUUGCUAAGGAUAAAGGUUUAGAAAUUUAUGAAGUUCCAACUGGUUGGAAAUUUUUUUGUGCUUUAUUUGAUGCUAAAAAAUUAUCAAUCUGUGGUGAAGAAAGUUUUGGUACCGGUUCAAAUCAUGUUAGAGAAAAAGAUGGUAUUUGGGCAAUCGUUGCUUGGUUAAAUGUGCUAGCUGCUUAUUAUGAAUUACAUCCAAAUGAUGAAGUUUCAAUAAAGAUUGUUCAAGAUAAAUUUUGGGAAAAAUAUGGUCGUAUCUUUUUCACAAGAUUUGAUUUUGAAAAUGUUGAUAGUGAUGCUGCAAAUACACUAGUUAAAAAAUUUGGUGAGUUUGCAAAUGAUUCAAAAUCUUUAGGUUCUGAAAUUUUCCAAGGUGUUACCGUUGUUGAUACUGGUGAUUUUAGUUAUACUGAUUUAGAUGGUUCAGUUUCUAAAAAUCAAGGGCUUUAUGCUAAAUUAUCAAAUGGCCUAAGAUUUAUUGUUAGAUUGUCAGGUACUGGAUCUUCAGGUGCUACAAUUAGAUUAUAUUUGGAGAAAUAUUCAAAUGAUUCAAAAACUUAUUCAAAACAAGCUACUGAAUUUUUACAAAAAGAUAUUGAACAAGUUUUAGAAUUUUUGAAAUUCAAAGAAAUCUUGGGUAAAGAUAAACCAGAUGUUAUCACUUGA